AUGCCCAGUCAUCGAUACCCGAGCGAUAUCUUUGCCAUGGCGAACAGCGAAGACCGCGAGAACGAUGAAACAUCGCGACCCGCUGAUGCUGAGCUCGCCGUCGUAGUUUACCAGGCCAAGCCAAACGACGGCUUGACUACUAUUACGGCUAGAGAGGCUGAACUCGAGAAUCGCCUUGCAUCCAAGAGCGAGGAUGGCAGUGGUAGCGGUACGAAACCUAGUGGCCCCCAGUCCGAUCUCGGCGAAGCAGCUGCCAUCACCUCUUCUAGUGCAGCGAAGUCAGCCGUGCUCCUCCGCAAAGCCAUCGAAGCACAGAGAUCCAUAGAGGAAUAUUAUGCUGCUCAACUUCGACCCAAAAACAAGGGAGGCGAUGAGGCCGGCGGGGUCCCCGCUCACACAGGAUCAGAGGCAGAUGAAAAUGGCGAGUCCGGCCUCAAACACGUGUCGGCGACCAAGCCAACCUCAAAGAAAAGUUUGGCUCUGGACCAACUCUCGCAGGAAGGCACGCCCAGAAAUCCUCCCACCGUUUCUAACCCUCCAUCCAGCCAGUUCGAACACAACCCUAGCCCCCUCCAGAGCUUUCGAACGAAGGCAUCGAGGAUCGUUGACUUGCAGCGUUACGCUCUGUCUGUUCAUCCGGAAAUUGAUCGCUUGGUCAAGGGAGGCCAAGUUGCCAUUGGCUUUACCUCAUACCCAGUCACCAUCCAUGAUCUUCCUCCUCCUCCCCACACCGAGCUUGAGGAAAUCGAGGCCGGACAUGAAGCCGAACAGCGUGAGAAGGCGGAAAGAGAAGCCGUCCAAGGCCGUACUCCGGAUUCCGGAGAGAGGGCUUCGCCUCAGGUAAAGGCUCCCAAAAUGUUGCCUAUCCCCAAGCCCAAUUUCGAAAUCAGGAGCGGUCCACAGCUAGAGCAAGGAGAGGAAGAGGAUCCCUACGCACGCCCCAACCGCGCGGCUAGACGCCACAGAGUGCUCCUCAAUCGCAUGGCUCAGGAGGUGGUUCCCAUUCCUGAAGAAGAUGAGGAUGACACUUCUGAGGAGUUAAGCUCAUAUUCCUCCACGUCGAGCAGCUCUGCCGGCACAGUAGUCCGCCGCCUUUUCGUCAACCACGGCGAUACGUCCGACCCCAGCAACCGUUCUGCUCCCUCGGCUCCUAAGGAAAGCGGGCAAAACACCAACGGAGAACCCAGCUCGAUUAAGAACGGGGCCUCUGCGGAGGAGUCGGGUCCUUCAGCCGGGAUGAUUGGCUACGAUGCACUUAAUGUUGGUCGUGGACCUGCUAGUUACUUGCCGGCUCAUCUUGCACCCACUUUCGGUAGACCUCUCCCUCAGCCUCCUGUUCAAAAGUCUGAAGAGGAGGAAGACCCAAUGAACGACAUUUACGAUUAA